AUGACCUACCUCGCUUUGAACCCUUCUACGCGGUUACUUCAAAUGAAACUUCACAAUGGCAUCAAAUCUAUGAAAUGUGCGUACAUUGAAGCGUUAGGAUCAUCAAGCAUGGCAAGAGAAUCUAAUAUUGUUAAAAUAGUUGGUCAGGAGAAUCAUAAAAAACUUAGGUCCUUCAAAUGUCUUAUCGUCGGUGCCGGUGGUAUUGGGUCUGAGCUUCUGAAGGACUGUAUUCUAAUGGAUUUUGGUGAGAUUCAUAUCGUGGACUUGGACACAAUCGAUUUGUCAAACUUAAAUAGACAGUUUCUCUUCAGACAACGUGAUAUAAAGCAACCCAAGUCUACCACGGCUGUCAAGGCGGUACAGCACUUCAACAACUCGAAGCUGAUACCUUACCAAGGUAAUGUUAUGGACACGACGCAAUUCCCAUUAGCAUGGUUUGGUCAAUUCGAUAUUAUUUUCAAUGGUCUUGAUAACCUUGCUGCUAGGCGUUACGUCAAUAAGAUGACCCAGUUCCUAGGGAAGCCGCUAUUGGAGUCAGGAACGUCAGGGUUCGAUGGCUACAUUCAGCCUAUUAUUCCUGGACAAACCGAAUGUUUCGAUUGCACGCCGAAGGAGACUCCCAAAACUUUCCCAGUUUGCACAAUUAGAUCCACUCCAUCACAACCGGUGCACUGUAUCGUAUGGGCUAAAAAUUUUUUGUUCAAUCAGUUAUUUAAUACAGAUACGCCAGCAAAUGAAAACACAAAUGAUUGGGGUACCGAAGAUCAGGCAGAAAUUGAACGAAUCAAGCAAGAGACUAAUGAAUUACACGAUUUGCAAAAAAUUAUCCUCACAAAUGAUGAUUCACGUAUCAACGACAUCCUAGUCAAGCUCUUUAUAAGGGAUAUUGAAAAGUUGCUACAAAUCGAGAAUUUAUGGAAGACAAGGACAAAACCAUCUCCAUUGGAUCAGACCUUAAUUGAUAAGGCUUCCAAGGCAGAGCUUCAAAACCCAAGUUUGAGCUCACUUUGGGAUAUUCAAGAGCAGGUAACAGAAUUCAUUCGUGUUACGAAAGUACUGAUGCAAAGGAUUCACGAAGGUGAAAAGAGUCUAGAAUUUGACAAGGAUGAUGAAGAUACCCUAAGAUUCGUGUCCACCGCUGCAAAUAUUCGUUCACACAUCUUCAAUAUCCCAGUUAAGACUGGUUUUGACAUUAAGCAAAUCGCAGGAAAUAUUAUACCUGCUAUUGCUACAACAAAUGCUGUCAUCGCAGGCUUAUCGACAUUGACUGCUCUACGUGUGUUAAACCUGCUGUCAUAUGCGCCAACGAAGAAAGCUACAGAUCUCAAUAUGGCAUUCACUGCAAAGGCAAGUAAUCUCUCUAUGGGCCGCUACAUUUCAAAUCCAAAAUUGGCACCACCAAAUCCCGCAUGUCCCGUCGGUGGUAAAGUCUGUCGUGGUGUGUUGAAGAUUACGGAGAAAGGCCUAAAUGAAAUAAAUCUUUCCAAACUGAUUGAUUUUAUUCGCGAGAAGUACGAAUAUCCUGAGGAAACUUCAAUUAUAGAUACCAGCAAUCAGAGGUUGCUGGCUGAUUACGAUUUUGAUGACCUUGAAUGUAAGACUUUAGCGGAUUGUAAACUACACGCUGGUUCAGUGGUAUUGUUUUCAGAUGAAGAAGGGGUUGAUGGAGGGUCCUACAGAAAAGCAAUCGAGCUCUACAUUGAGACAGUGAAGGGCCCGCUAGAGAAUGAAAUUAACUUACCAGAUGUCGUAGUACCGUUGGUUACUGUUUCUGAGCAGGCGCCAGCCACUGAAGAACAAGAAGAACCGAGUCAGCUAAAAAGUGAGACUGACAAGGGUAUCAUAGAUCUGGGUUCAGAAGAUGAAACUUCAACUGCUGGUAAGAAAAGGCCCCUAGUUGACAUAGAAACGAACGACGCCAAGAGGAUUAAACUAGAUCAAGACGAUAAUAAUGAUGACCUAAUUGAAUUGGAGUGA